CGAAGAGUCGACAAAGAGGGCAUGUGUGCGUGAGUAAUUAGGGUACCCUUCAGAUGGUGGCCAAAGCGACCGGCCUCCUGAAGGCAGUUUUAUCUCUCACCGCAAUCUGGCCUUCAUGCGUGGUGGAUGCGCAGAUCGGCAGGGGCGUGCUCCCACGUCGGCGGCGAGGCAUCGUGACGUCCCCCCUCGGCCUCAGCCAGCAGUUCGCAGAGACCCUGGCCACCCUGCAGCACGCCAACACAGCCAACUUCGCCAACGGACCUGUCACGUCCUUCAAUGGCCUGCCCCCUGCCAGUGUUGCUGCGGCGGCGGCGUCGACGUCCAUAUCAUCGCUGCCGAUGGUGGAUGCGACCACAGUGGAGGACACUGUCGGGCAGCUGGUGAAGAAUGACACGAGUGGAUCGGCCGACAAAGAGGAUGGCAGCAGCAACAAGGACGAGCAGAAGGGCAGCAGUGACGAUGACGAAGGCAGAAGCGGCGGUCUCAAGCUGUGCGACCCUGUGUGUGGUGAGGGUGAGGUGUGUACGGUGUCCCACAGGGGCGGCAGCGACUUCCUGUCUAAACCGCAGUUCGAAUGUCGAUGUCUGGAGAGGGGGUACCGCACUGACGCCAGCGGCAAAUGUGUCCCACUGGUGCAGUUGAGUGAGAAGAAACCACCAGCAGCGGCAGCAACAGCACCUGAGGAGAAGAAUGAUGAAGAGCCCAAGGCGGCUGACGAUAAGGCCAAGGAGGCAGACGCAAGUGAGUGAGCAGGGAGAGGCUGACGUGGCUGAUGCAGUACUAUUUCUUGCUGCAUGUGUUGGUUAUCUAUCCAUAUGCAGAGGAUGCUGCAGCUGCCUCAGCGGCCGGAAACAGCGAUGGCGAUGCCGCUGCCAACAAGACGCUCCACGAAACCCUCGCGUCGAAGACGGUAUGCACAAUGCAUCCGACACGCUCUCAUCUCGUCUCAUGUGUGUGGUCGAUCUAUCUAUCAGGAGCUGAGCUCCUUCCUGCUCUUGCUAGAGACCGCCGGGCUUAAGGAGGUGCUGGACCGGCCCUCACCCAAGGUGACCAUCCUGGCACCCUCCAACGACGCUAUCAAGUCGCUCGGGCAGGGCGCACUCACCAGCAUCGUCGGCGACACUCAAGUACUGUCCAGCCUCCUGGCUGCCCACAUAAUGGAGGGCGAGUACACGGCCGACGCCAUAGCCGACCUCAAGACGCUGCCCACACUCGGUGGGUGGGAGGUGUCGGUGGAGCGAGAAGGGGGUCUGGUGCUCGGGGACUCGGCCACCAUCCUGCAGCGGGACAUCAAGGCGAGCAACGGCCUCAUCCAGGUGCUGGAUGCGGUCAUCCUGCCGCCACCCAAGGGCCCUGACCUCAAGAUGAAGAACAACACAUCUAACACGACCACGACAGAUACGACAGAUACGACGGCAGACGGCGGCCCGAAGCAGAUGGAGGACGGCGACGGCAUCGUGUCUAUCGCCACGGACCCGCUGCAGCCUGUGGAUGACCUCGGAAGUGGUGCUGGUGCAGGUGCAGGUGCUGGUGCGGGUGCAGGGACGGCUGGGGAGUCUUCGACCCCCGACAACGAGCCUGUGACGAUGUUGACGGAGGGCGAGGGAAAUGACAAUGACACAUCGGUGGCAGCAGCAGCAGCAACAGCAGCAGCCGCACCAGAGCAGAAGGAGGACACCCCCCCGGUAUCACCGUUCAAUGGCACGCUGGCCGACUUCAUCGAACAGGACAAGGUGAUUGAUUGGCCCAGUGGCGUGCAAACAGAUUGUGUCUAUAUGUGUGUGGCUCUCCCUCCCUUAUUUCCUCCCUCAGGAUCUGUUCACCUUCAACAGUGCGAUGGUCAAGACCAUGACGCGUGCCGCCUUCGCCGACACCGAACACGGCCCAUACACACUCUUCGCCCCUGUCGACAAGGCAUUCGGGCGGCUCACCCAGCAGCAGCUACAGUUCCUCGGCGAAAGCCCCGACGCACUCACCAAAGUCAGUCAGUCAGCACACCUGCGGAAACACAACACACCCUCGUCCACCCACUCAUGUGCGCAUCUGUGUUGUGUUGUGUGUGGUGCAGCUGGUGGCGUACCACGUGGUGAGCGGGAAGCUGACAUCUGCAGAGGUGACGGCAGCGAGCAGCAGGGACCUCCCAUCGGUGCUGGGCGACACGGUGACCGUGAGCAGGACCCCUGGGGGCGAGUUGUUGGUCAACGAUCGGGCCAAAGUGCUCAGGGCGGACGUCCCCGUGGCCAACGGGGCCGUCUUCUUCGUCGACAAUGUGCUGCUUCCCGUCUCUGUGGACGAGGGAAUGGCCACAGCGGCUGCCGAGGCUGAGAAGGCUAAGCAGGCUGCCAAGCCGCAACAACAGGCCACUGCGAACGGCACUGCUGCGUCUGGUGCGGCUGGUGCUGAGCUGCCGGCACAGAAUGAGACGGAGGGUGCCAAUCCGAGUGCAGAUGCAAUUCUCUCAGCCGCAGCAGCGGCGGCCUCUGACGCGCUUGGACCUGCGGCACCACGUUUCGCCGGCGAAGACAUGCAGCAGAGUGGUGUGGACGACGCCAUGGGUGCACUGGACAUGGCUGGUGGUGGUGGUGGUGGGGGUGGAGAUGAGGGUGACGACGGCAUGGUGAGCAUCGCUACCACGAGUGAUGGCGGAGAGCCUGUGCCGUGGGAGGAAGGGCCGAAUGGUGCGAGGAAACCCGGCGGAUAUGACAACAGCGUCGGCGACGUGCUCGCUUCAAACGAGGUCAGUGACAGGGAGGGAGGGAGGGAGAAAUCUGCUGUGUUGGUUUGGUUCAUGUGGGCGUGGCGUUGGUGUCUCGUUUCCUGUUGUCUGCAGGACUACUACACGUAUUUGUCGGCUGUGCGUGCGGUGGGCCUCUUUGACAAGCUCGAAGCAGAAGAGGGUAAGUGCAAUGGGUGCACAGACACGGACACAUACAGACAGACAGACAUGUGUAUGUCUCAUGCACUCACUGUCUGUCUGUCUGUCUGUCUACAGGCCCCUUCACGGUGUUUGUCCCGAGUAACGAGGCCUUCGCUUCCCUCGGGGGCGAACUCCUCGGACACCUCACCAAACAACCUGACAUUCUCGAAGACGUAACCACAAACAUACAACACACCCAACACACAGGCUUAUAAUAAGCCUCCCAUGUGUGUGUGUGUGUGUUGAAUGGCUGCAGCUGGUGCGCUACCACAUCAUGAACCGGCGCAGCUCCUACCAGGAGUUCAUGGGCAGCUCACGCAUCGAGUUCCCGGCCAUGAAUGGCGACUUCGUCUCCGUCAGCAAGGUCACCAACCACCAGACAUUCUCCCUACUCCCGCAGCAGGAGGGCGCAAACGACGAGGUCAGACUGAACGGCGCCGCCCGAGUGACCAUUCGGGACAUCCCCGCCGACAACGGCGUUGUGCACGUCAUCGACCUGGUGUUGGUGCCGGCGCGCAUCCAGCGGGCCAUUGAGACGGGCGAGAUCGACCCGGAGUGGGUGACGCCUGCACCGGCCGAUGACGAGAUGGAGGACCUGGACAUUCCUAACGCGGGAGCGCUCAAGUCGCUAUCGGACACGCUCGCAAAGACACCGGUAGGCAAUGGGAAGGGGGGACGACUGCACAGAGAGAUUGAGUGUGCGUGUGUGUGUGUGGUAGAUUAUGCAAGCGAUGUACGAGUUGAUGGAGAAGGGCGGGCAUGAGCAGCUGAUAGAGGACAGCAAGAAGGGGCCCUUCACCGUCCUCGCACCCGCCAACACUGCCUUCGUCGGGCUGGGCUCGUCCGUCGAGUUGGAGAUCGAGCAAAGACCCGGAUUCAGAGAAACGGUCAGACACGAACACUGACAUACACAUAAGUAGAGGGGCUUCAUUUACCUCUACCUCUCCCGCCCUCUGUGUGUGUGUUCAGCUGGUGAAAUAUCACAUAUUGGACGAGGCCGUGUACAUCCAGAACAUGGAGGUCGGUGUCCACGAGUACUGGACCAUCAACAACCGCACCGUCACCUUUCAAAAGUUUGAAAACGGCGACGUCUGGAUCAACGGCGACAAGGCCAAGGUCAUUCGAGAGGACAGGUUCGCCAACAACGGCGUGGCGCACCUCAUCAACUCGGUCCUCAUGCCAACUCCCGUCAAGAAACGGCCAACCGAGGAGGGCGAGCCUACCGAACCACCUAACGGCGAGAGCGACGGCAUGGGUUUCGACGCGAUGGUCUCUGCUCAAGGCGCCGUGACCACCCCGCCGCCCAUAGAGUCUCCCUUCCCAGGCCGUUCAGAGAGCGAGCAAGAGGUGCGGGCGAUCAUCAAGGGCGAGAGGAGUCUGUCGACGCUGGUGACGCUGCUCGAGGCGACUGGUGUGGGUGAGGAGAUGGACAAGGGGGACGACUUCACGUUCUUCGCGCCCAGCAACGAGGCCUUCGAGAAGAUGGGCACGCGCACGCUCACCAAGUUGCUUGCCAGCGGAGCGCUCAAAGAGGUGCUUGAGUACCACGUGAUCCCACAACGACUCUUCUGGGAGGACCUCGCCGCCCCACCCAAACUAGCUACCCUCUCCGGCACCAACGACACCGCCGCCAAUGACGCGUCAUCACCAUUACUAUCACUGUCACCAUCAGCAGGGGGACAUGAGGGCGUCUCAUCCCUUGAAGCAGCCAAGGCUGCCGCAGCUUCACUGAAGAGCGACCUCUCCGACGAGAAAGAGUACCCCACGUUGCUGGCCAGCCACGAGCUGAUGAUCAAGGCGGGCAGCGAGGCAGAGGGGCUUGUGGUUCGGGUGGGUAAGCAGAGGGGGCGGCUGAUCGAUGGCGACAUUGACGGGAAGGACGGCGUGGUGCACAUAGUGGACACGGUCAUCCUGCCGCCGCACUUAGAGAAGGAGGGAGGGGGAGAGGCUGGUGAGGAGAGGGAGAGGCGAGAGCUGUUUGCACAGCAGAGGAGAGAGGGGAGAGACGAGGGCGUCUAUGGUCAUGGUGGUGUCGAUGGUGAGCGGACCGAUCUUGUCGAUGUGGAUGUGCGUGCUGCGGUGGAUGGUGGUGUUGUGCUUGAGACAGAUGAGGGGUGGAUAGAGCUGCUCGACUGAUCAGAUCAGCCGAGCCACCAGAGUAUGCGAACGUUUGUGUAGCUUACCUUGUAUAGUGAUUUCUUCUCCUCCGCUAUCGCAUACGUACGCUCUCUUUUUCCCCAUCUGUCUGUCUGCCUGCUUGUCUGUCUGUCUGUCUGUCUGUCUGCCUUUCUGUGUACAAGCCAAUCAACCACCAACGGUGUCGAUCAGCGAGAGUGUGGAUAGGUACAUGUAGCCAUAGGUACAUGUAUGUAUUACAUGGUAGAUUAUUGUGGCAUGCAAGCAUCAUGGAUCGGAUCAUCCGUUCUUUUUGCAGCCAGCCUCCUCCCUCCCAGCCACGCCACUUACAUUGCAUCGUCUCGGUCGGUCGGCCGGUCAUCAUUUGCUGCUUUGGUGUCUGCGGUGAUGACAACUGUCAAUAAGCCUGCUGUCUUCCUCUU